GGAGUUCUAUUGCGCGCAUGGUGUGCGCAUCAUUAGUCUCUGUGAAGGUUGCAUCACUACACGUGAAGUUAGAGUAUUCGCGUCUUUUUUUAAGUUUUUCAUAAAUUUAAGCGAUAAAAACGUAUAAAAUCAAGAUGCUGACUGCUGCAAGAUUAUUAACUCGUAGUUGUAGCAAUAUAACCUGCGAUAUUACUAGAAAACAACAAUUCAGCACAAUUCUUAAAAAUGUUGUGGCUCCUACUUUGAACAUGCCCCAACGAUUUACAGAUUUGCAACAAUACAGAUACAAAUCCGAAGGUGUAAAAGGAGCAGUCAUUGGUAUUGAUCUGGGAACAACAUUUUCAUGUGUAGCAGUUAUGGAAGGAAAACAACCUAAAGUUAUAGAAAAUGCAGAAGGAUCACGAACGACUCCAUCUUAUGUAGCAUUUAGUAAAGAAGGAGAACGUUUAGUUGGUAUGCCAGCUAAACGUCAAGCAGUUACUAAUUCAUCAAACACAUUUUAUGCUACAAAACGACUAAUUGGACGAAGAUUUGAUGAUCCUGAAGUAAAAAAAGAUAUGAAAAGUGUAUCUUACAAAAUUGUCCGUGCCUCUAAUGGAGAUGCAUGGGUACAAGGAGGUGAUAGUAAAAUGUAUUCUCCUAGUCAAAUUGGUGCAUUUGUACUCAUGAAAAUGAAAGAAACAGCAGAAUCAUAUUUAAAUACGUCAGUAAAAAAUGCCGUAAUUACUGUUCCUGCAUACUUUAAUGAUUCUCAAAGACAAGCUACCAAGGAUGCUGGUCAAAUUGCUGGACUUAACGUACUUAGAGUAAUUAAUGAACCAACAGCAGCUGCUCUUGCAUAUGGCAUGGACAAAACAGAAGAUAGAAUUAUUGCAGUGUAUGAUUUAGGAGGCGGUACUUUUGAUAUUUCGAUUUUGGAAAUUCAGAAAGGAGUUUUUGAGGUUAAAUCUACAAAUGGGGAUACUUUCUUAGGAGGAGAAGACUUUGAUAAUGCAUUGGUUAAUCACCUUGUAUCAGAAUUUAAAAAAGAUCAAGGUAUAGAUGUAACUAAAGAUGCAAUGGCCAUGCAACGGUUGAAAGAAGCUGCUGAAAAAGCAAAGAUUGAAUUGUCUAGUUCUUUGCAAACUGAUAUAAAUUUACCUUAUUUAACUAUGGAUUCUAGUGGGCCAAAACAUUUAAAUCUUAAACUUUCAAGAAGUAAAUUUGAAAACCUUGUUGCUGAUUUAAUUAAACGUACUAUUCAGCCAUGUCAAAAGGCACUUUCUGAUGCCGAAGUAACGAGAUCUGAUAUUGGUGAAGUAUUAUUGGUUGGUGGUAUGACAAGAGUACCAAAAGUUCAACAAACUGUGCAAGAAAUUUUUGGUCGACAACCAUCAAAGGCUGUAAAUCCUGAUGAAGCUGUAGCUGUAGGUGCUGCAGUUCAAGGUGGUGUCCUUGCUGGAGAUGUUACAGAUGUUCUUCUUUUGGAUGUUACACCUUUGUCACUUGGAAUUGAAACAUUGGGUGGAGUAUUCACACGAUUAAUUUCUCGGAAUACAACUAUUCCCACGAAAAAAAGUCAAGUAUUUUCUACAGCUGCUGAUGGUCAGACUCAAGUAGAAAUUAAAGUACACCAGGGUGAACGGGAAAUGGCUAGCGAUAAUAAACUUUUAGGACAAUUUACUCUUGUUGGAAUUCCACCUGCACCUAGAGGUGUGCCACAAAUAGAAGUCACAUUUGACAUUGAUGCUAAUGGCAUUGUUCAUGUAUCUGCUAGAGAUAAAGGAACUGGAAAAGAACAACAAAUUGUUAUUCAGUCAAGUGGCGGUCUUAGUAAAGAUGAAAUUGAAAAUAUGGUGAAAAAUGCAGAACAAUAUGCUAAACAAGAUAAAAUAAAGAAAGAAAGAGUUGAAGCUGUGAAUCAAGCUGAAGGAAUUAUUCACGACACGGAAUCUAAACUAGAAGAAUUUAAAGCACAAUUACCACAAGAUGAAUGUGACAAACUCAGAGAUUUGGUCGGGAAAAUGCGAGGAACAUUAGCUAAAAAAGAUGACACGGAACCAGAAGAAAUUAAAAGACAAACAAACGAAUUACAACAAGCGAGUCUCAAAUUAUUCGAAAUGGCAUAUAAGAAAAUGGCCGCAGAACGAGAAGGACAAAGCCAAAGUCAAAGUCAACAACAAGAAGAGAAACCUGAAAAGAAAGAGGAGAAGAAUUAAUUAUUUUUUAUUGUAUAACAAGGAAUUUCUAACAAAGAGAAAUCCCGAAGUGUAACCCUAACUUUUUGAUGAGCCUUUAUAUAAUGAUACAUAAAAAAAACUGAAGUUAAAUGAUAUUUGAUUUUGAAAGGAAAUAAUUUUUUAGAUUUUAGUAAUGGUACUGCAUAGUGUAGCAACAGUCGUUAAGUGCUUGCUUAUGUAUAAGUGAAUAUCUUUUUAUAAAUGAAGUCUUGCUUUAUAAUAUCAGGAAUAUUCUCUCUGCCUCUUUCUCUCUUUUUUCUUCUCUUUAAUAUUAAAUAUUUCAUAAACUAUUAAACACAUUAAUUUCCAUAAAAUUAGUUAUCAUUAGUUUUAGUUUUUAAGUUCUACCUCUGUGCAAUGGCUCAUAAAAAAUGAAAGUAACACUUCGGAACUUCUACUUGUAAAGGCAUGCUAAUGUUGCAAUCUUCCGAGCGUUGGCAUUUUAAUCUGUUGUUGAACUGCGACAAGGAUUGCUACAUAUAUUUUUUGUUAUCAAUUGAUUAAAAAGACUAUUUAAGAAAGAAA